AUCCAGAAUUAGCACAAAAAACAUUAACCAAUGACCGAAGAGAAUGGCACGGAACAAAACAAUAGAGGCCAUGAAAUUCGACCCGGAAGAGCAUAUUUCCUACAAUACCAAUGCGGAAAGAGAUACCACAGAUGCGGCAGAGUUGACACAGACCUCACAGAUAGACCAAGACGAGGAUAAAUCCUACAACUCCAACAGCAACAAGACUCCAGUGGAGUCAAUUGAAGUGAAGACAGAAGAUGCAAAACCAAAGCAAGAAGAGCAUAUAUCCUACAACACUACUGAGGAUAGCGCUGUAACCGAUUUAACGGAAGCUUCGACUGAGGACACAAAGCUAAAUCCACGAGAACAUAAUUCCUACAACACCAAUGACAAUAAGGCUCUAACCGAUACAACGGAAGUGACAAUGGAGGCAGGAAACCUUGGCCAAGAAGAAAAGAAUUCUCACAGCUCCAACGUGAACAGAUCAGCAGCCCAGGGAACAGAUACGACGGAUUCGCCUCAAAAUUCCUCAGUUAAAAAAUACAGCUCGAAAAAUGCACUAGCAAUGGUGAUGGAUUUUUCGAUAUUGUCUAACAGCACCGUGAUGUUGAUAGACGUCAUCCAGCAGUGGCAGUUAACGACAGAUCCAUUGUUGACAGUUCUCCUUAUCUUGCUGCCAUUCGUCAUGUUUUUACAACUUCCGGUGGCCAUUUUGGUGAUGCUGGCAAUCCACGGAAAUUACCAUGAGAAUACAAGAAGACACAUCCAGAAUAGCAUUUUGGCACUUUUGUCAUUGUCUACUGCUCUUAUGCUGGUUUCAGAUUUGUUAAAAGUGAAGACAGAUUCAGUCCAAGUUGUGGUGGCACCCUCAACUGGGCGCAAAGAGUAA